AUGACAUACGAGGAGCAGCUGCCUGAUGAAAUUGCAUCUCCGGAGGUGAAGCUGAGGAUCGGAGACGGGAACGGCGAUUAUGUCUGGUUGGGGGAGGAGUACCCGGAAUCGGGUGUUAUCGAGGGUUUUCAGGGCCGGGGCCCAAAGAGGUGUUGGGCUUCAUUCUGGUGGUGGGUUAAGGUGGUCUUCUCCUGCGUCAGCUUGUUGGUUGUAGGUGCCGUAUUAGCUUUCUGGGGCGGCCCUCUUUUAAUUCACAAGGUAAUUCUGUACUCUUUGCAAAAAUCUAUUUGUCAAUUCGUGAUUCUAUUUUCAAUAUCUAAGUAUCUACUUAAAUAUUUACCUAGAAGAUUGAAACGAGCAUCAUUCUUGAUUGCUAUAAUCUGAACUAAUGUGUGAAUUUGUAUUCCUGGUUUUAUCCAAUGAAGCUUUUGUCAGGCAUCCAUUACACCCAACAAAUAAUCCAGCUAAAAGGAGAAAUUUGUGAGAAUUUUUCAUUAUUGGUGACUUGUCAGAAAGUUUCAUGAGUCGAUCUAUAUCUAGGACUUUAUAUGAAGAUGAUUGCGGAUCCAAUGGUUUGGCGUUGGGCGGGUAUAAGGUGUAAAAAAAGUUGUAUUGAAGUUUUGAAGCAUCAGUACUCGACUUGAUGAUAAUAUCUCCACAUUCCUUGUAAAAAAAAUGUAUAUGUUGUAAUAAUUAGGAUUUUGGAUUUAAUGGGAUGAAAGAGAUCUGCUCAUAAGAUGCGUUACACCUUCCCAACAUCCAGCAGAUCAAUGGAAUUUAGGAUACUCUUUAUCGAAAUUCAUGGGGAAUACACAUUGUGAACUUUUCUGUCAAUGUAACAGUCCACGUAUUUACCUGUCACGAGGUCAGGGUCGAGUGGUACGCUUUGAAGCUGCAGUAGAAAUCAAGAGGUUAAUGAAUCGUUUGUUGAUUUGCAUUAUCUUCGGUGCAGAACGCUCACUAUGGAGAUUUAUUUCUAAAAUUUCUUUAGGACCUUGAAGCGUUUUCUUUGUACGAAAGCCUGAUGUUGUCAUUUUUGGCUGCCUGUCUGAUUAUAUACAUGAUAAAUAGAUUUCUUUUUCUAGAGUCCCUUGCCUGGCCAAAUAUUCUACCAUAUGCAUAAUGCACAAUGCUCGAUGGUGCGGUAGUCUCUGACAUCAUCCAAUUGGAUUAUCAAAUGAUAGUUUAAACUGAUUUAACGCUACUUGUUUCAUGCAUGUGGAUGUCUGCAAUGUCAUUUUACUCUUUCUUUCUUUCUUCUUAAAGCUUAAAUAGUUGUGCCUUUGGAACCUCCUGCUUGCAUUCCGGUGUUAUUAUUUGAAGUCAUUUUAUGAUGGCAUCAUGAUUUGUACAUCUGCGUAUGUCAGUAGAUAAAUAGUGAUAGUGUGGAUUUCGUUGUAAUUUCUCACUGGGAAGAUUAUUCUUCCUCUAGAAAUUAUAACAUUAUAGUGAUUCAGAAAGUCGGUAUCUAAUCAAUGUUUGGAAUAUGGGAAUAUUGCCUUUGUUAUUUCUAUUUCAUAUCCAAUUAUUUUCAGUCACAAAAAAUGGGUGGGUGGAUAUCCACCUGUUUGCCUCAUGCAUGGGAUCCGUGGAGACUCAUUCAAAUCCUUUUCAAUUGAGAAAGUACGUCUGCAUGUAAACUAUUUACACGUUGCUCAUUCUUUCUCAUACUUCGUAUCAGGAAAUGAGUGGGAUUUCAUUUGCUGUUGUGAGAUGGCAUCACCUUGUCGCUUCUUCCUCGUGGUCUAAGUUACGUUUGAGCUCACAUGUUAUCCUUUCUUGGCUCUCGCAGUUGGUGGUUCCUAUUCUGGACUGGGAGAGGACGACGUUUAGGAAACCAAUUCUUGCAUUGUUACUCUUUGCUUCUAUCGCAAUAUUUCCUAUUUUUUUGCUGCCAACCUCACCAUGCAUGUGGGUCGCCGGGAUGACCUUUGGUUAUGGCUAUGGCUUCCUUCUCAUCAUGGCCGCUGCAAGCUUGGGCAUGUCACUGCCAUUCUUCAUCGGCUCCCUCUGUCGCCAUAGAAUACAUGUAUGCCCCCCCAUGGUCUCUUGCUCUCUCUCUCCCCAAUCUCUCUGUUAGAUAGAUUCUCACGGGAGAUCUUCUGCUGCCCCUGUGAACAGCGCUGGCUUGAGAAAUGGCCCAAGAAGGCGGCUAUCAUAAGGCUAGCUGGUGAAGGAAACUGGUUCCAUCAAUUUCGAGCCGUCACUUUGCUCCGCAUCUCUCCUUUCCCAUACUUAAUCUUCAACUAUGCUGCGGUCGCAACAAACGUGAAGUACUGCCCGUACAUCUUCGGGUCGCUGGCAGGAACCAUCCCGGAGACCUUCGUCACAAUAUACAGGUCAGAACUCUCUUCUCCUCCAAUGGCCGGCGCUCAGAAUCCCACCGAGCUAAAUUUGCUUCUGCAGCGGGAUUCUGCUUCGGAAUGUGGCCGACGCCUCUCACGGGAAGGGGUUCCUCUCGGUCGAGCAGAUCAUAUGGGACGUACUGGGCUUCUGCGCCGCGGUCGCCGCCACCAUCGCCAUCACCGUCUACGCCAAGAAGACCCUCCAGCGACUCCAGGCCGAGGAAGAGCUCCUGUAG